AUGACGACCAACAUCUCCCCUCCAAUAGACGAAGUAGGUCUGUCCAGCGAACACGUGGACACCCAUCAGAUUCGGGUCUCACGGCCUUCAAGCAGGGAUCAAACAUCUAGGCGAACCGCGUGUGACAAAUGCAGAGGGCGCAAGGUUCGCUGCGAUCAAGUACAUCCGGUGUGUGGCCGGUGUCAAUCUUUGGGACACAAAUGCGAAUACACAGCGCACCGAAGACCUGAAACAACCAAGCCUGAUCUCUCACAAGCUUUAUUAACAUUACACGAGCGGCUAGCCUGUAUGGAAGCCCAAUUAGCAAUAACGCAACGGCCUAUUCCAUAUAUUGACCCGUCAAGCACUGCCUCAGCGAGAGCAACGUACACCAAUCCACCGUUAUCAUUUGACCCUACGGAGUCUCAUUUGUCACCAGAGAUGGAAUCUUCAGGAGAACGUAAUUCUGAACACGAACAAAAGCUCGAUGUAUGGCAGCAGUCUAAUUUUGACUUUGAUAGCCUUAUAUCUGCAUCGGAGAAUCUAGAUUUCGGCUUUGACAUGCCUAAUAUGACGUGUUUUCCUUCGCUUGUGCCGUCAGUAAGCACUGAAUUUACAGCCAGCGAUGUUGAGCCAUCGCAUGGAGGCGUUGAUUUACAGAUCUUUCAUCAAGCUUAUUUCAACUACGUCCAUACCGUAAUUCCGAUGGUGAACCGGCAUCGGUUCUCGACUGAACUUGAGAUGACCGGCCAUCGACCAGAAUUGAAAAGUCUCAGCUAUUCAGUUGCUCUACUUGGUGCCACAGUCAUGUCUGACGAAGUAGAUACUGAGAGGAGCUUCUAUAACCACGCUAGAAGCCACCUCAAUGCAGCUGAGAGCGACGAUGAAGCAACAGAUUUUAACUCACUGAAUAUGCUGCAGACGCUUAUCCUCAUCACGUAUUACGAGUUUCGAAGAACAUCCUUUGCUCGCGCCUGGCUUAGUCUUGGUCGAGCGAAUCGGUUGGCGAAUAUGCUUGGACUUCACGUUAUGGACCAAGAUAAGCAAAGCGAGACCCAGGUUGAUUUCAUCCUACCUCUUCCAGAAUCAGUCGGAUUGGCUGAAAUAGAAGAAAGACGGAGGUCGUUCUGGGUCCUUUUCACAUUUGAUGUUUAUGCCAGCAUUCGCACAGGUUCCAAAACAAGUAUUAACGGAGUGAUUUCUACUGCACUUCCUUAUCCAGGCGAUUAUUUUGACGGCAAUCUGGGUCAAAAAAUGCCCACUCUGAGUAAGGCAGUGGACGUCCUAGAUAGAUCGAUCCUGUCUUCGUUUGCGGGUAUUAUUCUGGUGACAUUCCUAUACCAUCAGUGCCACAACCACUUCACCGCCUCUACUAGCGAACCAAGUUACCAUUUUUGGCAAUACCAUUACCAGAUCGAUAAGGAAUUGAGCUUCUAUAGAACAGAACUGCUGGGUCAUCUGCAGCCGAUCAACAAUCUCGGUGAUCCGCUAGCGCUGACUCUACAUGCAACCCUCUGCGCGAUUCAAAUCACUUUGCACGAACAUGCCAUCAGAAAAGUGCAGAACGAUAACCUCCCAGAUCCAUUGAGGGUCGAGAGUGAUAAUCGAUGUACCAGCAUUGCGAUGCAGAUAGCGGAAUAUGCAAAUGUUAUAUCACAACUACAGGAUUCCAAGUGGGUGUCAAAGACAUUUCUCAUGUGGCCAUUCACCGUUGCCUCGCAAACGUUGCUCCGGCACUUAGAUGAGCCCACGAGCAAUGUUGGGGAAGUCAUUGCGCUAUUGCAUCAGGUGUGGCGGGUUAUGCAGCAAUUGAAAGAGGAAUCAGGUUCUUGGGACAGUUUUUCGCAGAGAAUCGCGCAGAAAUUAUCCCACUUCGGAAUAUUUGUGGGAAGCGAAGCACCGAUAUUACACAACGAACAUGGGGGAGGGAUUGCCCGAUAA